UCAAACAGACAUGAUGGUGUGGGCCGGUUGGAAUUUGCGUUUUCAAUGAACUUUAUCUGACCGAGGGAGAGGGAAAACUUGGGGAACCUCGCCCAGGCUUUCGCAUUCUGCAAACUAUGGUGAACAACUUUUGGGGAGUCAGGAGGUUGCUGACAGAAUAUUUGUGAAAUGCUUGAAGAGGAGACUGUGGAAAAGAUUGGUUCCAAUUCAGUGGAAAGUGAAAUCUCUCUGCUGCAAACCCCAACACCACAAAAUUCAAUUUCAGAACUGACAAAGGAUGUCUGUGAGCCAUAUGAAAAUGAAAAUGACCAGGCUACUUCUUCAGAACCGUUUAUGUACAGACACCGGCCAACAUCAGGAAGAACACAGGACAUUUCUUUUUUAUUGGCAAGUAUCUUUAAGGAUCUUUACACUGGAGGAGUUAUUGGAGAGGACAUAAUAAAGAACCUUUUGAGGUCACGUGGUGGAGAUGAUGAGUACCAUGAGCAAUUUGUGCAACAGCUUCAAGAGAUUCAUGCAGAAUAUGACAAACGAAUUGCAGAGGCUGACGCAGUUGAAAAACACAUCAUCCAGGCCCGAGCACGAGCCACAGCGGCAGAGGAGAAGGCUCUGAAUAAAGAAAAGGAGAGUGGAAUUGACUUUAAAUCCCUGGAUAAUAAAUCACUUGGAUUGCCAACAGUGAAGUCCACAUUCAGGGACUGCAUAGACAGUGAGUUCCUUAAGACACAUAACUUGAUCGUUCCAGAGGAUUAUAUCACUGAGAAGCGUACGAGUAGCAAAGCACCGAUACCUGCAGCAAAACCUCAGACCUAUGUUCCAAAACUGACAAAAACUUUCAAGAAACGGAUUUCGAAAAGCCCAGUAGAUGAUGGAUACACCGACAUGAGCCAACCUAAGGGUCCUUGUGGAUUAUUAGAGUGCAAAUCAUCUUUAACUUUGCUGUCAUCCUCUGAGGAGUCAAUUGUUCCAAAAGUAUCCAAGUCCCAGGAAGAAAAAUCCAACAAGUACCUUUGGAGGGAUCAACUGCCUGUGGCUGAUCGAAUACAGGCACGAGAAGUUAUGACAAAGUUUGAGAAAUGCCACAACUUCCUGAAGAACCCACGCCACCUGCCUCCUCAAGAAGGAGGCAAAUCACUUAUCAUUCCAAAAAAGAAGGUGCCAAAGAAAGUUGCCGGAAGACACAUAUUUGUAGACAAAAGUGACCCCAAUGAACCUAUUCCUGUCUUUCUGGCAAAUCCACCUAUUAUCCUCUUCACAAACUACAAAGUGGGGCAGGUAUAUGAAACAAACGUCGAGUUGAGAAACCUGACUUCCAGCAGCCGCCACCUGAGAGUCAUCCCACCAAGUACCUCAUUUUUUUCCAUCGGACUCGGUAAAUUUCCAGGAGAGGGAGGCAUCGUUGCUCCGGGCAUGAGCUGCCAGUACACUGUCCGAUUUGCUCCUGAUUCACCAGCUGAAUAUGAGGAUUUCCUACUAGUGGAGACACAGACACCCUAUCCACUCGUGGUCCCCAUUGAAGCCAGAAGAUCUCCUCCCAUAUUAACCUUACCUGGUACUUUAGACUGUGGAUAUUGCCUGGUGGGUGGAGUGAAGAUCACAGAGUUCCUUUGUAGAAAUGAUGGCUACAACUCUGGCUGUUUUUGUGUGAUGCCAAAGAAAAUGUGGCCAACUACAAAUUUCAGGAGUGUGGCAGCUGCUGGGUUUCUAGAUGUAGCUCCAUUUGCAAUCAGGCCUGCAGUGUUUGAACUGAGUCCCGGCCAGACCCUGAUCAUGGAGGUUGCCUUUCUUCCACCUUCUUCAGAUACCUUUUCCCAAACUGUUACUAUGGUGUGUGACAACUGCCACGUGAAAGACUUUGUACUCAGAGGCAGUGGUCAGUAUGUUGCUUCGGAGUUCAUCUCUAUCUCUGGCGGAGAGAGUAUAACUGCCCCAGGAGAAUGUAGAGAUGUAACAGCAGACCACUUUGUGCGUUUUGAUGCUACCAACCCAUGUGUUUGUUCUCAAAAGACACUCACCCUCCGCAAUGCUACGCACGUGGAGCUCCCCUUCUGCUGGCAAGUACUAAAGCCGAAUCUGGUAUGUCCUAUUCCUGGAGAGUCAGUCGUACCCACCAACCUGGAUUACGAUCAGGAUUUAAAAUCCGCCUUUCACAUCAGCCCAGAUAAUGGAGUUUUGGCGCCUCACCAGGAUCAUGAGUUCAUCCUUGCUUAUUUCCCGCGGGAGCUGAAGGAGUAUCACAAUGUGUUUUACCUUGUAUUGCGAGAUGUUCCAGAGCCUUUGAAUGCCAAUGAGUGUAACACCAGUAGGAAAAGUAGUUUGGAAAGGUCAAUGAAAACAGCUUCUGCAGCAAUGACUAAUAUCGUCGGCAUGGAGCUGGAGGUUAAGGGCUACACCGAGCCAUUUCAAGUCUUAUUGAGGCCUUAUGCCAUUCUCAUCCCUGGCGAGAACUACCUGGGCACAACUCUGAAAAAGUAUUUUGAGAUGUGGAAUUAUAGCAAGUCCACCAUAUACUACGAAUGGGAGAGUAUGCACGAUUCUCACAUCCUGGAGGUGCUGCCACCUUGUGGAGCCAUAGAGCCCAAUGAUUUCUGUGACCUGGAGCUGUUGCUUACUGGAGGCAAGGUGGAGAAAAUAAAGCACCGUCUGCCGUGUCACAUCAGAUAUCAGGAAGAGCCAGUGGUCCUUUACAUAGAAGCAGCUUUUAUGGGUGCCCAGGUUUGCAUUGACCUUCCGUCUCUGGAUUUCUGUCUAAUGAGGCUGGGAACUAGUGCCAUGUGCACCAUCCAGAUCAAGAACACAUGCCAGCUUUCAGCUUUGUGGCAUCUGCAGGAGAGUCCAGAAUGCCUGAAGGAACGGAACGAAGAGGUCUCGCAGUUUGCCUUUGAACCGUCCAGUGGAGAACUACUACCACUGGCUGAGCACAAUGUGACUAUCCUGUUUACUCCAACAAAGUGUCAAAGCCUGAAGACAGUUCUUGAGUUGAAAGUGGAAAAUGGAAAUACAAGUCAUAUUGCAGUGAAGGCUGAAGUCCAAGCAGUUCAGGUGUGCCUGCUGUCCUCUACAGUCAUUUUCAAAGAUAUCUAUGUUGGGAUCCCUGCACAGGAGACAGUGAAAAUCUUCAACCAGACACUACUACCAACAAAAUAUACCUGGGGAGAGUUGCAUGAAAGUGAAGCUCAUCAAUAUAGAGUCACCGUCUCUGCAGCAAGUUACACUCUGGGGCCAAAUGAAGAAGUGACAGCGUGUGUGGAAUUAACAGCUUAUAGCAUGCGUGAAUUGAGUGGUUUGAUUCUCUCAUGCAUGGUGGAGGAGAUGAAAGAACCUCUUCUGCUGGAGAUAUUUGCUAAACCAAAGGGCCUGAAUGUCACUUACAGCAUUCCUGCUGACAGCAACGAGGAGAGCAACUCGCUACUUUUGAAUUUCAGUGAGGUAAUGGUGCAUGGCACAAUGAAGAGGCAGCUGUUGAUCACCAACAACACUGCCAUUCCAGCAGCGUUCAAUCUGGAAGUGGACUACUUUAGCAGCUGCUCUCCAGUGCCCCCCUCAGUCAGCAGGCUGGCAGUUAGUCAGUCAAGUAGUCAGUCCAGAACACCACUCCUUAAAAGAACAGUGAGCCUUACAGAAGGUCCAAGCAAGUCACAGAAUCAACUACAGCGUGAAUUUGAGGACGUACUGCUCUGUCACAGGAAAGGGGCAGCGUUUGUUGUCCAACCAAAGACAGGGACCCUGGAGCCAUACCAGCAGCUGACCAUUGAAAUCACAGCCUUUGCCAACAUGUGGGGAGACUACAGCGAUUAUCUGAUUUGCAGAGUUGGAGAUCUGGAGCCUACCUGUGUGCCCAUGCAACUGUCUGUUAAAGGCAUUCCACUGUACUUCAAGGUUUUAGGACCUCAGAAGGACAACCAGAUGCAAGGCCCUGUAGUCAGGUUUGGUACCCAUAUCGCUGGAGGUGACACUGUCUCCCGUUCCCUACGUCUCUUCAAUAGGGGUCCCUAUGAUAUUCGGUUGGACUGGGAGACAUACAACCAUGUGAAGGAUGACCUGCAGCUGGUGGAUCUGAUUAUUUCCUAUGGGCAACAGUUCCCAUUGAAGGAUGAGAGUGGUACUGAGAUAAUGGGAAUUAGCAUUGCUCCUAGUGAAAGUGCACACAGCUAUGACUGGGAUGCUAUUCCUAACAGUCUAGAGAGCAGCUCUUCAGCACUCCAAACAACAGAAUGUGAACUGGAAGAGGAGGAGGAGGUGCCGGAGGAGGCAGAGAAAGAGUCAAAGCCAGCAAGCCCUCUAAUUUCUGUUGUUCUACGAGCCCACGAGGGCAUUGCAGCAGACUAUCCAUAUUACGUGACCCCACGACAGGUGGUAGUUCCAGCUGGUAGUUUCGUCACCAUCAAUGUCUCCUUCACCCCACUCACACAGACUGAAGUGACGACAAAUGUAGAGUGUGAAGGUUUUGCUUUCGGAUAUCUGAGUCUAGAUGAUCAGCUGGCAUUUGGAGUACCUGGAAAAGUGACUCGAUGUCAAGGCUAUGAUAAAGAGGCAUUACGCCUCGACUUCAAGGCAGUUGUAAAGCCUGCUUUGUUAAGAGUGGAAAUGGAUGACGAUGAUGAAGGCCUUUCAUUUUAUGCAGCUGCAAGUGACUUGAUCCCAGAUGGACUGGAAGGCGAGAUCCAAAAGGAAAUCCUGACGACGCGUGGCUUCAAACUGACGAAUUCCACUGAGACUCCUCUAUACUUUCAGUUUUUGCUGAAACGACCUUUCUGCAUUUUGAAUGUGGACCCCAAAAACAGCCUUAAAUCUUCGAACAGUGACAGGGAAGAGAAUGCGAAGAUGCUGGUACUAUAUCCCCAACAAUGCACGCACGUCACCAUUGCAUUUUGCACUUCUCUGGACUUGUUGAAAUCCCAGGAAUAUUGGAGUCCAAGGAGAAAACGGAAACUGGAGUUUAAGCAGGACCUUGUGAUUGAGUACAACAACAAGACAACACAGCUCAUUCCUCUCCAUGCUUUCUUCGACCUGCCGUUCCUUGAGCUUUCCACCGACAGUGUCAAUUUUGGAAUCUGCUUGGUUGGACAAUGCAGGAGAAAGGAGAUCUUCCUCCUGAACAGGACGGGGUCAAAGAGUUUCUGGUCUGCAACAAUUGCUCCAGUUGAAAGCCAGGAGGACCAGGGUGUGUUUGAAAUUUGUCCUGAGCUUGGUGUUUUACAGGCCCACUCCAUCUAUUUAUCAACAAGUCGAACGGCGAUACAGAUCACAUUCAAGGCCAGGGAUGAGAAAAUGUAUCAUACAAAUAUUGUCAUCCAAGGAAUUCUGGGUGAGAAACCGGUAAAAUUCUCAGUGCAAGGAAGAGGGACACUUGACGAAAAAUACGAAGCUAUGUUUGUCUCAUAGUGUCAGCAGAAAUUGAAAAUGCUCAAGUUUCUCCAACAAGUCAAUCAAUGUAAACAUUUCGCUGUAUUAGCUUUACAAACAUAUAACCUAUAAAAGGAUUUGCCUUUUUAUUAAAUCUAAAA